AUGGGGGAUCCUUGGGGUGUGAUUUUGCCACAUGGAGUCUGGAUAAGGAUGAAUGGAGGUUUCAAGGCAAUUUCAAUUUUUGUACGUGGCAGCUUCUGUGGGAUAUGUGGCGACACGGAGGAGCUUGUAGUUGUAAUUGCUACACGUGUGAUGCCCCUUAAACUGGACCCGAUUAGCUCUGCAUCGGAUCCGCACAUUUAUAUCUCUACCUCCCAAAUCCAUUUUACUGGCUAUGCCAAGAAUACAAGGUUGGAUGAGGCAUUUGAUUUAGUUGAGAAGAUGUCUAAAAGGGAUUUAUGCUCAUGA